GAGGCGAACGUUAGUUGACACUUAUCGGCUCCGGAGGUCAGCAUUUCUUUCGAGACCGCUCGCUCGCAACCAACGUUAUCGUUGCUGCUGGUGCACCGCUGCUUUUAACGGGAACGAGCGCUUUUUUACUUGUUGCUUUGCUUUUUUCAACGCGUCAGUGAAAUUUAAGAGUUAUGCGAUCUUCAGUGCGAAUUCUGGAUAACGCAUGUUGGAGCAUGUUGAGUUAGUUGGAAUUUUAGUUUGUGUUUUAGAAAAGAGUUCCACAAAGUAUUAACAGACACAAUGGAGCUAAAAUACGUUAUAAUGACGUUAAUCAAAAUUUUGAUCUCAGUACCUACAGUACUCAUCGUACAGAACAUGGUGUGUUUAGAGGGUGCAAAUGGUGCCGCCCUUAUGGGUGGACAUUUCGACAAUAAAAAUGCGACGCAGAAUGUAUCGAGCUCAUACUACCUCGACUAUUCUUACGAUGAUUCCAUUGAACCCGAGGAGGUAUCAGAGAAAAAUACAACAGAUCCAAAAGAAUCGAAGACUGAAGAAGAAAAAAACUCCGAGGAGAUACCGGAUCCAUCUCCAUUAGUUUUACCAGGAUAUAAUCUCCCAGAAAAUAUUUUCAAUAAAGGAAAACCUUUUUACCUGGAAAAAGAUCCUUUGACCGGCCAGAUAGACUUUAACAGCAAAACGCCAUCUAUUAAACUGGACGAUGAGCUCUACGACUAUACUGACGAUGAACCCAGCGACAAUAUUUACGAUAAAAGCAACAUAGAUAGAAAGGAUGGAAGCCUAGGAAGUCACCGGCCUAGCGAUGUCAAUCAACUUACGCCAAACUUUCAUGACUUCCUAAACUUGCCUGUUAAGUAUAAUUCCGAUAAAUAUGUUGUUCCGUUGAUUUCAAGUUCUUAUGCCAACACGAAAAUUCAAGGAAAUGUAAAUAAAUUCCACAAUCAUAAGGAUUAUAAUCAGAAAACAACAACAAAAAAACCGACGCAAACGCCAACUUAUUAUUCAACGAAUAAAAACUACUUUAAUCCAGAGAGGAGAACUACAACUACAAGUACUACAACAACCACGACUACUACAACCCCGAAACCAACUACAAGAAAAUCUGUGCAUGAUAUAUAUCUCACAACUAAAGCUACGAACUUAUUAAACAACGCUAUGGCGCAUCCAAUUAACGAAGAGUUCGUUUAUUAUGAAAAUACAAAGCAACCUUACAAACCAAACGAAAUUUAUCUCACCACUGAAAACGUUAACAAUAUCUACCUUACGUCUAAAGCCCCCAUCACAACCACCAAAAAAGAAUUGACUUUAUUUGAACAACUUUUUGGCGAUUACGAUGAAACUGUUUCGACAACUGAAAGAACAACGGAAAGAACAAGACCAACAACAUCAACAACAACGACCGAAAGGACAAAACCACCAACGUUGUUCCAAAACUUACCGAACAAUAAAUAUACCAAAAAUAAAUACGACAAAGAAGAGAAAACCGAGAAGCCCUCGUAUACCACUACAAGCACGACUCAAGCUCCGACAUACUACUACCCGAACUCCCAUGCUGGGCCCAAUGUGCUUACUGGAAGCAAUAUGGGAAUAGACACUAAUGAAUAUGAAGAGUAUGAUGAAUCCAAAUACCAUGAAAACAAUAACGCCGGGCUCAACUUAAAGGAAAUAAAUACAACAUCAACAGAGAACCCUAUAAACACUGAAAAACCCACGCUUAAAACAACUACGAGUACUAGCUCAAAACCGGACAGUUUUGAAUAUUCUGACGAUGAAUACGAGGACAAAGAAAACAAUACAAUUACAUCUAGUACAACAACGACGGUAGCCACUACUACAAAGAAGGUAACAUCAUUACCACUGGGAGAUAACCACGUUUCUGGUUUCAUAAAUCGUCAACCAAUUAUAGUGGCCACCCAAAACCUGAAACAAAAAUUAGAUAGUGAAAAAGUAGCACCUAAACCUUUUGGCUUCGAAAAACCGCUGCAGCACGCCCCUAGUACGAGCAAUGUGCACAUAGCGCCCGAUCAAGACAUGGUUUCCUUCGUAGUGGGGCACCAUCAAAGCGUUGAAGGUGGACAAUACACCGGCACAGCUUCCAAGGAAAGUCCCUACGAAAGCAAUCCCUUCAAGCCGUUUUAUGGACAACAAAACUUAAAUGCACACGACUCCGUAUCGUACACCAUCCAAGGAAAUCCGGAAAUAAAUUUCAAAGAAGAAAAACCCGUUAACACCAUCAAUUUCCCGGAAACCUCAGGAAGUGCAGUGACCAUACAACCGUUAAAAAACAACGAAGCCUCGCUUGCCAUCGGCGUUCCAGUUAACGCCGUUCAUAAAGUCCCUGGACAGGUGGUGGACGAAGCACUUAACCUUGAUGAUGAGAAAAUCGAGUACCCUAAAGGUAACGGACCGAAAGUUGUAUUCCCAGAUGAAAAAGACACAACCUUAGCCAAUUUGGUACCGCCCCCAAUGCAACAACCCAUGCCAAAUCAUCCCCCCAGAGAAGUGUUGAAACUGAACUCCAAGCCAAUGUACCAUCAGUUACCCAGCGAUUUAACGCCACCUAAAGAAAAGGAACCCUCUAUGCCUCCGAGAUUCGAUCGGCCCCGUCCUCCAUGGGAUCCAAGACCAGGACACUUUUACAGCGGCAAACCCGAAUACAAUCGCCCGCCACGCCCACCAACCGACCACGCAUACAAAAGAAUCGACACGCUACCAAAUAUUCUACCACAAUUUAGACCGAACAUGAAAGUCAACCAUCCACCACCCCCCUACUACAGACAACCACUCUUGGAGAGACCGUCCAAUAGACCGAUAGCAUUCUUCGAGAAGCUGCAACCGCCGCCACCACCGCCAGCCCAUUAUCUGCACAACCUCCAGAACUUGAGAAAGAUUCCGCCGCCUCAGCAAAGCUUAGACGAUUCUAGACCCAUGAUGGCCGAAGACAGGAUCAUGAACGAAGGCAGGAAACCAUUAAGGCCUGAAAUUCAAAACCAAUUCAGCUUCUUAUCGCCACCGAAGAUAGCUAUUGCCAACAGGAGGAAUGGAGAUGACGAUGCUGAAGUAGAAACCCUGCAGAUGAUACAGGCCAAACAUUCAGAUAAAAAAGAAGUCAUCCAUACAAGUAACGAACAAGUUGUUAAAACUCCUGAGGUAACUGAAACUGUAACCAUGGUCAAGGAAGGAACAGAUAAGCCUUUGUACGUAGUGUACCCAGUGAAUACACCACCGAUUAAACUCGAUGUUAUCGACUCCAACAACAAGGAAACUGUCGUGAUUGGUACGAGAGCUGAACUACCUCUACCGCCUUCCAAAAUUAAUACCGACUUCCACUACGAUCAUGAUCCGUUAUUGCUGGCGAAAGAUAGACAUGACGCUCCAAUUUUAAAACCUCAUCCUAGACCACCAACCUUCCCUGCUAGAUCCGACUUUCCCUACCCACUGGAAAGACCAGAUCCAUCUGUAAGUCACCCCGCAGUGCCCGAGGCUCAAAACAACUUGGACAGCGACGAACCCAGUUUUAUUUCGGGAAAUCAAUGGAAUACGAUGGGCGACAAUAUCGAAUCCAGGAUUGUCUCGGGUGGAAACAAACACAACUCCAAUCAAAUUUCCGUGACUCUAAAAACGUACACGGAAAAACCUAUCGCCGUCGCGUAUACUCCUACGGAACCGAACUCGAGUAAAGACAGAUUUUCCAUGCCCAACUACGCUAGUCCGGUGAUUCCGGAGAUCAGGCCCGGCAGCGUGGAAACGGCCGACAGCAACGAAUUCACGGUCAGCGCCGUGAUGCACACUCAUCCGCAAUUCGCAGUAGGCAGCGCGGAGUACGUUAAACCGGGAAAAAUCUCCGACGAAUCGAUCUUCAAUGUAAAUCAUCGGAUGGAUAAUGAAGUGUCCAAGAUCCCGUCCAAGUUGGACGACUUCCAGGCGCCUUUCCAGGCCAGCGACAACAUCGAUUCUUCCUUGAAUCAGGGUUGGGCUGUGGUGAGAGACAACAGGGAGAAAAACAAAACCACAACUCCGGAAACUGAGGUGACCACGAUACCUUUCGCCACGACUAGCGAAUUCGAUAUCGAGAAUUUCAAGCCUCAGCUCGAAGGUGGUUUCAAACCGAUCUACUAUUCCAGUGCGGAGAAGAAGGGUUCGGAAGUAAACGAAAGGGAAGAAUAAACGACUUUUAAAGUGUAAAAAUGACUUUCGGUGUCGGUGGGGAAAUCAAGUGAAGAUUGAGGUGCAUAAAACUGGGACUGGUGCGGUGUGCUUCGAUUAUCACUAAUAAGACUUUGUAUAAACGCGUUUAAUCGUAUUUAAGUUAUAGUUAAGGAAAAGACUGUUUAAAAGAUGUACUAGACAACUGUUGUAGUUCUAAGUAUUUAUUUAUUUAUGUAUUUAUUUUUUACAAUAAAACUGUGUUCUAA